AUGAGUGAUAUAGAAUGGAUUACAGAUAUCCCACCCAACGUAAACCUGAAAUUGCAAGAGUUUUUAUUCCCUGAGCACUUGGCUUACGUGGAGCUGGUGUAUAAUCCUGGAUCUAGCAAUGCAACUGUGAGGACUCGUAACCCACUGGAUGUYGAGGCUCUUGAGGUUGAUGAGAUAGAGAAUGGACGAACUGUAGAAUUAAUAGAUGUAAAUGACAAUGCUCCACAGUUUCAACAAUCUAAUUAUAUUGCUUCAGUAUCAGAGGUAGCUGAAGUAAACUCCACAGUUAUAAAAGUGGAAGCUAAGGAUAAUGAUACUUCACCAGAAUUCAGCCUCCUUACUUACAGUCUUUGGGGCCCAAACUCUGAUUACUUUUCUAUAAGGGAAGGAGAUGGAAACGUCGCAGUGAAAAAAACAUUGGAUUACAACAUGGUCAACUUUUUCAAUUUAACAGUCCAAGCAAAGGAAAAACUUGGAAACCAGAGUGACACUGCAUCAUUAAUAAUUAAUGUACGAGAUUAUGAUACAUUGAACCCCUAUUUCAGUCAAUCCGUGUACCAUGGAAAUAUCAGUGAAAACCAGGUGGGUCCUCUGUCUAUUCUCCCAGGGAAGAUCCUGGCUCAAGAUGGAGACAAAGGUAUAAAUGAAAAAAUAGUUUACAGCAUCAAACWAGUGAACCCCCCAGCCUAUAACAACAACUUUUCAAUUGAUGACACUGGAGUGUUGGAAGUAAAGACCCCAAUUGACAGAGAAUUGUGUCCAAAUCUGGUCGUGGGCAUUCAGGGAGGCUUCCAGGGAAUGCUCACCCUCGCUCCAGCUGACAGUCCUUUCCAGCUAAGUCCAGCUGGGAUCCUGACUGUGUGGGACUCCACGCUCCUGGAUAGGGAGAGGGUCACUGCUAGAGAUCAUUUGCCACCUCACAAGGAGGUGAACUCUUCUAUCAACAUACUGCUGCUGGAUGAAAAUGACAACAGCCCAACCUUUCGAGACACACCAUAUAGACAAGAUAUAUAUUAUAYCAACAUGACUGCAGGAAUGGCCAUUCUUCAGGUUUCUGCUGAUGACCCAGAUGAUGGCAUAAAUGGAGAAAUAAGCUUCAACUUAGCUGGUGGCAAUAACGAUGGGCACUUUGACUUGGAUACAACCACAGGACAAAUCAGUUUAAAAACAGUAAUCCCAUUAAAAAUCAAUCAGCUUAAGAAGUUUGUCUUGUGGAUAACAGCUACUGAUGGUGGGACCACUCCAAGAAGUUCAUCAGUGCCAGUGGAAAUCUUUGCAGCUGGAGGUUCCAGCCCACGGUUUAUUCWGAAAACAUACAAUGUGUCAGUGGAAGAAGAGCUGGUUGGUCCUGUUGAAGUAGUACAAGUAGAGUAUGAGGCUUUAAACCCUAACAUAUCCAUUGAUAUGACGGAAUCUGCUCCAUUUGCCAUCAACAACAGUGGAGUUAUCUCAACAACAGCUCCUCUGGACUACGAAUCCCAGAAAACUUACACUCUCAACAUUUCCUUGUCAGAUGGAAACAUUACUGACUAUGCCGUGGUGUUCAUCAGAGUUACAGAUGUCAAUGACAACAGCCCCGUGUUUGGCACAACCAACACCACCAUCGCCAUUUCGGAGAAUGAGACAGUGGGAGCGAUUGUCACCAGYGUGUCAGCCACUGAUGUGGAUGAGGGCUUUAAUGGGUUUGUGGUUUACAGUCUGAAGGGUGGAGAAGGAAAAAUGGACAUUGACAGCUCAGGAUUCAUUUUCCUGGAAAAGAUGCUGGACAGAGAGGAACAAGGUUUCUAUAACCUAACAGUGUUUGCCAGUGACCAAGGCCAACCCGUGCUGUCGACAGCUCUCCAUCUGACCAUCAUCAUCGAGGAUGUGAACGACAACCCCCCGCUUUUCUCAGCCAGCAGGUAUGAAGUGAAGGUCCCUGAAGACCAAGAGCUGGGAAGUGCACUGCUGACACUGUCUGCUGCUGAUGGGGAUGCUGGGGCCAAUGCCCUCAUCACGUACCGAAUUGUUGAGCAGCGACCUCAAACCUCCUCUCCCAUGUUCCUUGUCGACUCAAGCACAGGCCAGCUCAGCCUGAGCCAGCAGCUGGAUUAUGAAACCACAGAUGAAUUUGAAUUGGAAGUGGAGGCGUCAGAUGGAGGUCAGCCGAGUCUCAGCARUGGAACUCUUGUAGUUGUUCAAAUAGAAGAUGUCAAUGAUAACCCACCAGAAUUCAGUCAGGAAGCUUAUGAUGUGUUUGUGUUUGAAAACCAUCAGAAGGGAAGUCCUGUCUACACAUUCAGUGUUGCUGACAAGGACAAGGCUGGCUUUUCCCAGGGAUACUUUAUUCACAACAGCACUUCAUUUACUGUGGAUAUCCCUGGAACACUUUCAUUAAGGAAUGACACAGAACUGGACAGGGAGACUACAUCUGGAUUCACUUUACAAGUAUGGGCAGUUGACAGUGUARAAGAUGGGCUUAAUUCAAGUGCCUUGUUCCACAUCACUGUUCUGGAUGUCAAUGAUAACAACCCAGAGUUUCAGAUGCAGCCAUACACUUUUGAGGUUCUGGAAGGGGAAUACAUGGUGGAUAAUCCUGCUGGAGUUGGACAUGUGACUGCCUCUGAUUUGGAUGAGGGAGAGAACGCACGAAUUACUUAUUACUUGUCAGCUGAGGAUGGGGACAAUCCAUACAGCAUCCAGCAGGAUGGAACCAUUCUGGUUACUGGCUYUGUGGACCGAGAAAGGAAAGAGAARUAUGAGCUGCUCCUGGUGGCAUCUGAUAAUGGAGUGCCUCAAAGGCAGAAUUUCACACACGUCAGCAUUCAGGUGUUGGAUGUGAAUGACAACCCUCCUCAGUUCACAAGGGCACAGUACUCAGCCAGCGUCCGUGUGGCAACAGCAAAAGAGGGAGAGUUUGUCCUGGCAGUGUCUGCCACAGACCUUGACCUUGGGAACAAUGCKGUCAUUUCCUACAGCUUCAUGAACCCUUCUGAUGAUUUCCAUAUAAAUAAUGGCACAGGAGAAAUCACUCUCAGCAGUAACCUGGACCACAUCACAGCUGACACAGUUGUUACAYUGACAGUUGUUGCUACUGAUCAUGGAAUUCCUCAGCUUACAUCAAAUGUCUCUGUCACUCUCUACUUGCUGGUAAAUGACACCAGCUUUGGACUGACUUUUGAGAGGUCCAGCUAUGAGUACAGCAUUGAGGAAAACAAACCCUCAGGGUCUGCAGUGGGCUCUGUGAAGGCUCUGACUGGAAGCAUCGCUGUGCGGGUUGGGUACUCCCUAAAAACCCACUGGGACAAAUUCUUCAUUGGGGACGAAGGAGACAUCGUGGCUCUUGCCCCACUGGAUUGGGAAGAGAGAGACCUGUACAGCAUCCUGGUGGAAGCUGUGGAUUCUCUGGUGCCACCCAACACAGCUGUGGCUCUGGUAACUGUGAGAGUUGAAGACAUCAAUGACAACCCUCCAGUUUUCUCAGCAUCGAUCCAAACUGAUUUAUCAGCUCCUGAGAAUGCAGCUGGUCUGGACUUGGGCACAUUUUCUGCCACUGAUCUCGAUAGAGGAGAUAAUGCGAGUAUAAGAUACYAUCUGCAAGAUGAUUUUGCUGGAUCAUUCCAUAUUAACAGUUCUACUGGCAAGUUGAUAAUAAAAAAAGCCUUAGAUAGAGAAGUGAUGGACAGUUAUGAAUUGAAAAUAAUGGCCACGGAUUCUGGCAAACCUCCACAAUCUGCAAGCUUAGAUGUGAGCAUCACUGUGGAAGAUGUGAAUGACAACCCACCAGUGUUCYCCCAGAAAUCCUACUCUGUAACUGUGAAGGAGAAUGAGCCUCCACGUGUGAUUUUGAGUGCAGUAGCCACAGACGAAGAUGUAGGGUACAAUGCCAUCAUUCAUUACACCAUAACUGGAGAGACAGCUUCAUUUCACAUUGGAGAACUUUCUGGAGAUAUUGCAACCCUUCAACCUCUGGACUAUGAAAGUCAUUCCCAGUAUAUGUUUAUUCUGAAAGCUUUCAACCCUGGAGAGCCACUUCUCCAGGACACAGCAAACAUUACAGUUACUGUGGAAGAUGUCAAUGAAGAAGGACCCAUGUUUGACCAGCCCUCGUAUUACAAGAUCCUUCUAGACAAUUCUACAGCUGGCACACUGGUAGUAGAUAUCAAUGCAAGUGAUGAAGGCAAGGGUUACGAUGAAGGYAUUUUCUACAGUAUUUCAGGUGGAAACUCAGAAGGCCUCUUCAAUCUUUCCAGUACCACAGGAGAGCUCAGGUUAACAAGGGAUUUAUCCAAACAAACUGCUCCCCUGUAUUACUCCUUGAAUGUCACCGCCACAGAUUCGGGUCUGCCACCUCUGUCAACAUCUGUAAAGGUGUCAGUCACCGUAGUUCCCGUGGAUGUCUCCUACCCUGUGUUCUCGGAAGCAGCCUAUCACCCUGCCCCCUUGUCAGAGAAGACACCCCCAGACACGUUUGUUGUGUCCAUCAGUGUCUUGUACAAUCUCCCUGUGAACUACAGCAUUGUCUCUGGAGAUGAGAAGGGAUAUUUCAUUAUCCAUUCCUCCAGUGGUGUCAUAAGAACAAGUAGGAAUCUAGAACUGGAAGAUUUUCCAGUAAAUUUCAAGGUACGRGCAACAGAUUCAUCCAAUGCUGCCAUAUUUAAUGAAGUUGACGUGAAGGUGGAAGUUAUUGAUGAAAAUGAUUUYCCUCCAGUUUUCCCAUCCUCUCUACUAGAAGAGAAAUUGGCAGAGAAUUCACCUCCUACUCAGAUUGUCCAGCUGCAAGCUCAGGAUAAUGACACAGGUAGAAAUGGUUUCCUAACAUAUGGCAUUCUCAAYGGACAYGGACUAAAAUUCAGGAUAAAUGAAACAACUGGAAUCCUUUAUUCCACUGCCCCCUUUGAUUAUGAAGAGGAACCUACAGAGUAUCAGGUUGUGGUUUAUGCUGAAGAUGAUGGAAUCCCUGAGAAGAAGAGGGGUUACUGCACAGUUGUCAUAAAGAUCACGGAUGUSAAUGACUGGCCUCCUGUCUUUGAUCCGGUGGCUGAAUUCAGUGUCAGUGAAAACGCACCUGUGGGAUUCAUUGUUGGAAAAAUCACAGCAUCAGACAGGGACACAGGAGACAAUGCCUUUGUUCUGUACAGCCUCACAGGUGAUGGGGAAAAUACAUUUGAGAUAGAUGAAAUACAGGGCAUCAUUAAGAUAAAGAAYUCUCCAGACUAUGAAACCAUAGAUAAAUACAGCCUGACAGUGACUGCAGUCAACAAUAAAUCUGCCCCUUUCUACCAGGCAACUACCCAUGUCAGUGUUGCAGUGAUUGAUGUGAAUGAUAAUGCCCCAGUGUUUGCCCAGAGCUCCUAUUCCGCUUCCAUAAACAUGGUGAACCCUGUGGGKGCUCCUGUCAUCACCGUGAGCGCCACCGACAGCGAUCAGGGGCAAAAUGGCCUUAUUGAGUACUACAUCCUCCCAGAUCCCAGYGUGAGCCCAUUCUUCCUGAUAGAGGAUGCGAGUGAGGGGAAGAUAAUUACAACUGGGAACCUGUCGAGAUCUGGAGAGAUGCAUUUAACAGUGAUGGCAAAGGACAAAGGUUCUCCUCCUUUAAAUGACACCGCUGUGGUUACUCUGAAUGUGUUUGACAACCGUCCAUUCGUUCCUCRCUUUAACAAAAGUGAGAUCAGCGUUUCUGUUGCGGAAAACACAGGAGUGGAUUAUUUAAUAUAUGCUUUUGCUGUGAUUGAAACUUCAGGAAAACCUAUGGAUUACACUGUUGUAUCGGGCAAUGAAAAAGGUCACUUUAGGUUGGAUCCUCAAAGUGGUGAGCUGAGAACAGCAGUGAAUUUGGACUAUGAGGCCAUUUCUCAGUAUGUGAUUCUAGUCAAAGCCAACGAAAAAGUCUCAUCUGCUGCAGGAGUCCUGCGUUCAGACCUGUUUGCUGAGAACGUGGCCAUGCUGACGCUCUCCGUGCAGGAUGUGAACGAAGAGCCCGUGUUCUCCAGCAAUUCCUACUCUGCCCGGAUUCCCAGCUCUGUGCCCUACAAGUACCCUGUCAUUACAGUCCAGGCCAUGGAUCCAGACUCAGGAGACAAUGGACAUCUGCUGUACAGCUUAGUGAGUGACCAAACCAACGAAUUUGACAUCAAUGAAAACACUGGGCAGAUUUUUACAGUUUCUGUAGCAGGAAAGGCUGGAACAUUCUAUCUGGAAGUCCAAGCUGCGGACCAAGGCACAAGAAGACUCACAGCCCAGACAACAGUCAAUGUAACUGUUGAUUCCAGUUCCAGCAGCAAUAUUGUGAUGCUGGUGCUCAAUCAGAAGAUCAAUGUCGUGGAAAGAAACAUUGCUGAAGUACAAAGGGUCCUGGAAGAUCAAAUUGAAUGGAAUGUAUACAUCGUUCAUGUUUAUUCCAAGGAGUUUGAAAGAGAAGCAAGGAGCAGCACUGAUGAAACCCAAGUAAAAUUCCUUGCUUUUGAUGAGGCACACCAGGAAGUACCUGCAGAAGAUGUAAAAAGAAAACUGAGGGAGAAGAAGGGUGACAUCGAGCUGGAACUGGAGAAGGUAUUUUCAGCAUCUGUCAGUGCUGCCAUCGAGGAGGCUCCCGGUGCCCCGGCGUCCCCGGAGCUCGUGGCCUCCAUCGUGCUUGGGGUCCUGCUCGCCGCCACCUUCUUUGCCUUCCUGGCCUAUGUCCUGCUGGAUCUGAAAAAGAAAAGAAAAUAUGAGAAACAGGAUUUGGUUAAAAAAGUUGAAAUUAUGGAGGGCAUCGAUAACCCAUGGGCAGUUGACAAAAAUGGAAGUCUGAAAAGCUUAGAGAAACUGGAGCACAUCAAUAAUGGGAGAACUGAGAUGAUAUCAUUUGACAACCUGGAAGGCACCAGAGGAAGUGAUGCUGAAAAAGAUGAAAUUCAGACCCCUGAAAAAGACAAUUAUCUGGAGACAGUGCUGCUGGAUUACAAGAGUGAACGUGAGCAAAAUGGAGCAUCUGAAAAAGCUGCUGAAAGUAGAAAUGUAGAGGCCCAGCCCACUGCAGGAUUCACAACAAACCAGGAUUCCUUUCUGGCUGACACAAAUCAGAAGUCAGCUCUUUCCUUAACACCUCAUCCCACAGUGCCUGCCACUGAGAGAGAACUGAAAGGGGUCAAAUUUUCAGAAGUGGCAGUGAUUUUGGAUGCCGAGCCUAAAGAUGAGCCUGAGGAUGAUGAACCUGAAGAUGAUGACUCUGGUGAUGAUGACCCUGAAGAUGAUGACUCUGGUGAUGAUGACUCUGGUGCAGAUGAACCUGAAGAUGAUGAGUCUAGUGAUGAUGGAUCUGUUUUAUAG